AUGAGAUCAGUUAACGCCACUUCUAGCUCCCGGGUAACAAUGAUGAAGUUGACAAUGUUCGCUGUUCUUGUUCUGGCUUGCAUCCUGAAUGCAUUCGCAUGGGCUGACUCGGGAGAAGAUGCAAACAUCGAUCAGCUUAUGGCACGAGUAUACCGAACGGUACUGCUGAAGUCGAAACGAAGCCCCUCAAUGGGCCUGUCGUUAGCCGAAUACAUGGCGUCACCACAAGGAGGAGACAACUUUCACUUCAUUCCAUCUGGACGAAAGUAG